CCCGGCAGCCGCCGGCUGGGAACACCCCUUGGCCUGGGCGUUGCGGCGCGGACGUGAGAGGAUCAGCUGCGGGGCGCCGGCUGCCGCAGACGGCGGGGAUGGCCGUGCCCCGGGGACAGGAGUACCAGGCCCCCCAGGAGGUUGAAACAAGAGAAGAUGAAGAACAAAACAUCAAAUUGACGGAAAUUUUGGAACUGUUGGUAGCUGCUGGGUAUUUUCGAGCAAGAAUCAAAGGGUUAUCGCCUUUUGACAAGGUGGUAGGUGGCAUGACAUGGUGUAUCACUACUUGCAGCUUUGAUAUCGACAUUGAUUUAUUGUUUCAGGAAAACUCUACCAUUGGUCAGAAAAUUGCCUUAACUGAAAAAAUUGUGUCUGUAUUACCAAAAAUGAAGUGUCCUCAUCGUUUGGAACCACAUCAAAUUCAGGGAUUGGAUUUCAUUCAUAUAUUUCCUGUUGUUCAGUGGCUAGUGAAACGUGCAAUAGAAACUAGAGAAGAAAUGGGAGACUAUAUCCGUUCUUACUCUAUAUCACAGUUUCAAAAAACUCAUAGACUUCCAGAGGAUGAUGAAUUUAUACAAAGAAAAGAGAAGGCUAUCAAAACUGUUACCGAUAUCUUUGAGGUUUACAAACCCCAGAGAAAAUACAAACGUCAAGAGGGAGCUGAAGAGCUGCUUGAUGAGGAAUCAAAGGUUCAUGCUACGCUUCUGGAAUAUGGCAGGAGAUACGGGUUUAGCAGACAAGCAGGAAAAACAGAACAGACUGAAGAUAAAAAAAUUGUGCUACCUCCAGGGCUUGCAGCAGCAGGAAAAGCUGAGGCUUUUGAUGAAGAUGACCUCCAGGCUGCUGAAGAGCUUCGCAUUAAAGCUCUGAUGACUGGAAUGGCUGCAGUGGUAACAGAAGAGGGCAAGUUGACAGCAAGCACAGUAGGCCAGAUUGUUGGACUCCAAUCAGAUGAGAUCAAGCAAAUAGUGUCAGAAUAUGCUGAAAAGCAGUCUGAACUUUCUGCUGAGGAGCGACCAGAAAGACUUGGAGCUGCCCAACAGCACAGAAGGAAAGUGGCGUUUCUGAAUAAGCAGAUUUUGCAGAAAACCAAACUCCUGGAAGAACUACAAGCUAAAUGUGCUGAUCUGCAGGUAAAAUGUACUGAAGCAAAGAAGGCAUUAACGGAGGUUAAGAGUUGCAGUGAAAAGCUGGACAAGGAGUUGGCGGCCUUAGAAACAAUAGAAUCCCAAGCAGAUUCUAGCAUAUUACAGAACCUGCGAGCACUUGUGGCUAUGAAUGAAAACCUCAAAAGCCAGGAGCAAGAGUUCAAAGCACAUUGUAGGGAAGAAAUGGAGCGACUUCAACAAAAUAUUGAGAAUUUGAAAGCAGAGGCAGUGGAAAAUGGGGAGGAAGAGGAGCCUAAUAAGAUUAUAGACCAGCAAUACAAAACCGAGAAAGAUAAGCUUCAAAAGAUCCGGCUACUACUGGCCCGAAGAAACAGAGAAAUAGCCAUUUUACAACGCAAGAUUGAUGAAGUACCCAGCCGAGCUGAGCUAACGCAGUAUCAAAAAAGAUUUAUUGAGCUUUACAGUCAGGUGUCAGCAACUCACAAAGAAACCAAACAGUUCUUUACUCUUUAUAACACACUGGAUGAUAAGAAAGUGUAUUUGGAGAAGGAGGUUAACUUGCUGAAUUCUAUUCAUGACAACUUUCAUCAAGCGAUGGCAUCUUCUGGUUCUCGUGAGCAGUUUUUACGGCAGAUGGAGCAGAUUGUAGAAGGCAUUAAACAGAACCGGAUGAAGAUGGAAAAAAAGAAGCAAGAAAACAAAAUGCGAAGAGACCAAUUGAAUGAUGAAUAUUUGGAGCUUCUAGAGAAACAGAGACUUUACUUUAAAACAGUGAAAGAAUUUAAGGAGGAAUGCCGUAAGAAUGAAAUACUACUAUCCAAGUUGAAAGCUACUUCUUCCUGAAGAACUCCAACUGAUGAAGUUAUGAAAAAUGGUUCAGUCUGUAAAUUGAAUCUUUUGUGAAGUGACAAUGAUAACUGCAAUGUAGACAGACAUAUAUAUAUAUAUGUGUGUGAGAAUGUAUAUGUGUGUGUAUAUAUAGACACACACACAUAUAUAUACACAGCUGUAGAAGUCUGUUUUUUUCCGAUAUGUAUUCUGUUUUACAUUCCUUCAUCUAGUGGCUGUAUUGUUAUUGCCUCCACUACACAGUAAAGAGUUAAUGCAGUACAGAAAAGCGGAAGUACUGUCUAACUUUAUUUGAGUUUUUCUUUUUUUUUUUUUUUUUUUUUUUUUCCAAAGUGAGGAUGAUGGGAUGUUUUUUGUUUGGGCUUUAACAGUGAAAAGGGUCAAAAUUCUGGAAAAAAUAUAUGUGGAUUUUGUUGGUAACAUAAUUGAAAAUAAUACAUACAAAUACCAUAAAAGGAGUACUACAGAAUGCAGAAAUCUGAUUAUAGGCAAAACAAACACAGAAAAUAGUUCCUGAAAUUCUUAUCAUUAGCUAAUAACUUCACAUUAUUUAAAUUUACAUUUUAGCCAUAGAUAAGAUUCCAAAAGACAAAAACUAAUUCCUAAUGGUUAAGACAUAAGAAAAUAGAAAUUCAACUUGGAUAAUUCUUAGUGUAAAAUUAUAGAUUUAUAUUUUUAUAAAGUCUAGUUGUACACUUUUUUGUGAAAUUUGAUUUUUAUAUAUGCAGAGAGUGCUGGUUAAAUUAAUAGCUCCAGGAAAAGCACCUUAAUCACUAGAAUUAUCAUGUUACCCUGGCUGGGAUGAAAAGUGGUGUAUUUCAGCUGUAACAUAGAAAGAUAAAGGUUCAGGCAUUCUGCUCAAAUGAACUGAUGCUCAUCUUUAAAGACAAUGAGCUAUUUCCCUGGCUGAAUGUUUGCCUUUUGAAGUUUAGAAGUCUGUUGAACACCUCCUGGAACACUUUUAUACUUGUGCAUACAGUAUUUUAUAAUUCAAAUAGCUGUUUUUGUACUUAAUAUCAGAAUUUUGGACUGGACUUAGGUACAUCACAUCUUUUGUUCAAGAAAAGAAAAAACAUAUUUCCUACCCACAUUAACAGUGAUGAGCAUUCUAUUAGAUUACUUCCUAUGGCAGUGAAUAUAAAAUAAAAACAUGUUUGGAAUUCAGUGACCUUCCGCUAUUGUGUUUCUAGGGUGACACACUUUUGUUUUAGAAGCCUUAUUGUGCUUUUGGAUUACAAACGCAUUAAAAGAUAAAUUGUGCAAAUGUAAUAAAAAUGUAAUGUCACAUA